ACUCAAAACUCACACGACAUCAGCCUAUUCGCUAGAGAAGAACCAACGACUAGAAAAGCCAUGGGAUUCCUGAUGAAAUCCUUUCUCGUGCUCUGCAUCGUGUGUUUCUGUCGAGGAGAUGACAUUCAUGCCGGUGAUUCGUUCACUUUAAAGAGACUUCACCUGACGGACGAGGYCGUGUUGGGAUUGCUAAGAAGAGUUGAAACCCUCGAAAGUGGACGAUCUAAUGUGUGCGCAGUACAAGGUUGGUGUGUCGUGUUCGACUUUGAAGCUGGCGUGACUGGAUGGACCACGAGUGGCAAAGCCUUCAAAAAUCAGCCAACAUGGGGAGAUAAUCCCACAGCCAGAAAAAGAGGACAGCCAUCAAACCACAGAGGAGAUUGGUGGAUUGGAUCCAAUGAAAAUCGUCCAAGUGAAGCCCAUAAGCCUGGAGCGGUACAAGGUGACGGUCCCAAAGGAACUAUGACGUCACCAUCCUUUGUGAUCAAGGGAGACAAGAUGAGGUUCUUGAUUGGAGGAGGCUGUGACAUGGCAACUGAACGUGUGGAGCUGGUGGUCGAUGGAAAAGCUGUUGCCAAAGCGACUGGGAAGUGCAAUGAAACAAUGGCACCCCAUGUUUGGAGUCUCGACAAAUCAUUAAAGGGAAAAACAGCCCGCCUGCGAUUGGUUGACAAUAGAAGUAGUGGUUGGGGUCAUAUCAACUUCGAUCACUUUGAGAUGUUUGUUAGCGAUUAAUCCCAAACGACUGCGAACUGAAAUUUUAUUCAUGCCCCCAAUCAGACCAACAAAGACAGACCUUUUUCAAAUUUUCAAAUUGAAUUGUACUUGAUUAAUUCAAAAUAACUUUUGCUGACCUAUAUUGUAAUAUUACUUUAACUUUUUCAUGAUUUACAACUCACUUUAAACUUUCUUAUAAACAGUAGUUACUGUUUUUAAAUCUAUUUACAAUUUGAGCUUUGCAGAUCUUUUAAAAAUUGUACAUUUUACAAAUAUUUGUUUAAAGCUUUUGUAGUUUCCAAACUUUUGACUAUCUUUAAUUUCGUUCAAACAAUGCCUUGUGCGUGCGCUAUAGACUCUGGACUAAUCCCUUCAAUUACUUGUGAUCAUAAACCUUGUGYUGUCAUGCGUACUUCAAAUCUGCUUUCUUAAGGACCUUGAACAAUCCUAUAAAUAAAGUGCGAAUGACAUCGAC